ACCUAUUACAAAAUUUGUGGCGACUACAGAAUAUAUGUGUGCCGUGUUUAGCCCUCAAGCGGCUUCAGCACUUAGAGCCUUAUAAUCAUGCUGCAAAGCAUUUAAGAUUGUAUGUAAACGGCAGUUGUUGCCGAACCGAAUUCAACAUUAAGUACUUUAUUUUGUGGAAUUUCUACAAUGGGACGGUUUUGGCACAUUGUACUGCUCCUGUCUCAGCUGGUUUAUGCGGCUAAUUGCGAUAACGCAAUAGCCGGUGAGGACGCACUCUCUUCUACCGUGGAUACCACGCUUGACGCGGAUACCGCCAGUAACGAGAUCCCUUAUCCAAAGAAAUCAUUAUUUGACGAAAGAAUCUUCAGCAGAAGUAUCCCAGGCAACAUGUCAUCCUCGCCGGCUUCAGGAAGACAGAAAUCGCCGAGCGUCACGGUUAUCAAAAGCAGUGCUGUAUCCACUGACUAUGGAAUAAUUAAUUUGACUAAGCCGAUGUUUACGCUUCCUUAUGACAACUUCCAAAUUCAAGUUUUCAACGCGUCAGCCAAUAGAUCACUACUGUUUUACGCUCCGGCAGUGACUCUCUUGCCAAAUGCCUCUUCUAUUUCCGUGAACGCCGCGACGAAUGCAAGCUGUCUGUCCGUCUCAUUCAAACUCUGGGAUGAAUCCUAUAUUGCCGCUGUUCGAGAUUAUAUUUCCAAGCACGUUCCUUCAGCAGGUGGGGCAAAUUCCAAGGUCGUUCCGCUGCCGUUUAAGCAUAUGCUUGUGGGAUACUACACGAACGGGUUCAGUCGAACGAUGAAGAAAACCCCCUGGAAAAUCAUCGACCACAGGGAUCCGACCGCCUCUGCGUGCAUCCGCUGCCCCACAGACGCGGCGUGCAACGAAAUGCUGACCGCGCUACAGUCUGACAGCGCAACGUUUGCGUCGCGUCUGUUUGUGUCUUUUGCAAUAUCAUACCGGUUUCUUCAAUCAGCUCUAAUAUGCAUCGACACAAAACAUCUCCCAAAUAACCCAAUUGUUAAUGCCUUUUCGAAGCGUUUUGCCACCGGGCGAAAUUAUAUAUUUAUGCAACCUAGCGAUUACGCUAACUUUACGAAAACACUGGUUGCGACAGCCAUUGAGAAGGUGUUGGGUGAGGACGAUUUCGUCGUCGACGCCAUAAUGGACCGACUAGUUAGGGAGAUAUCGGAUGCUUUCCCGUUUAAUACUACCACAACGGGAAACUUCACUACGGAGAUGUGGGCGGCCACGUAUUGGGAGAACGAGCGACCUGAUAAAAAAGCGCACCGACUGGAGCGUAUCUUCGGAACUAAUCGUACUUGGGUACGGCAGAAAAUGUUCGCGGACUACGGAAAUAGCACAAAUCCAGCACUAACCUCGGCGUUAAACCAAGCUUAUGAUGAGUUGAUUCGGUCGGACAAGGAGAUGUACUGGAGUGAUGAUAAGGUUAUACUGAAAUCGAUGCCCGUGUAUCGUGUUAAUUUGGAUUUCCUCCAUCAAAAUGCACCAGUAUGCAAGUGGCCUUUCGCAAUGGUGAACAGUACUGCUGAUUAUACCGUGGUGGCCAGUGUCGGUCGUGCCGUACCUGAUGCUGGACCUUAAACUACCACAACGAAAUCCGUAGCGAAUCAUACGGUAAACUAUCUUCAACCGCUGAUUCCGUAGUGUAUCUCACGGUAUUCUCUGCUGUACCGCUUUAUUCUUAGCGUAUUCACUUUGUAUCCCACUUUAGUGUCGUGUAUUCCGUUUCAUGCUUAUAGUGUAUCCCUAAUGAUUCUACCAUGUAUCCCUUUUUCCUAAGCUGGCGACGGUAGGCGGAGAAGUUUGAUCGGCUGUUUAAGAUUGUUAGAAAGAAAAAAUCCCCAGUUGUUGAAGAA